UUUUUUUUUGUAUUUGAAUAACCGCCGUCACAUUGUAAUUUACAGUUUACCCCCAUAUCUAAAUUCCGAGCUCUCCCCCACUCUCCAAUGGAGUUACAGUUCUAGAGCCCACACCCCUAUUCCCUUUCUCAUGUAAUAAAAUCCAUUUUUUCCGCGCUUUUUUUAUCUCACUACUACUGAUUCAAUGUAUUAGACCUAUUUUUCUUCAAUUGCCUACAUUCUCUAGCUAGGGCCAAACCACAGCCAGCUGUAGAUAGAGAGAGAGAGAGAGAGAGAGAGAGUGAAGAGAGAGAAAUGAGAUUUCAGUUCCAGCUCCACGUUUCGGAUCCAGGUUUUGCUGCGGGUUUUGUUUUCUAAGAGCAAUAAUUUGUACUUCGGGGAAGAAAAAAAACGCAAUUCGCAAAAAAAAUGAGGGUUUUGGGGGAGUCGUGGUGUUUCUGCAAUGGCGGCGGCAAGUCGGAGAGAAUGAAGGCCGCUAUUUUCUCCGGGAAGGCUCCGGCUAUGGCCAGAAUCAACGGCGGUGGAACCGGCUUUUUGAUCCAUCGGAAUCUGCUUCUCACCACCCACGCUAAUCUCCCAUCAGUCGCUGCCGCUGAAUCCGCCCAGAUCCGACUCCAUAACGGCCUAUCCGCUGCCCUUUUUCCUCACAGGUUCUUUAUUACAAGCUCCGUUCUUGAUCUAACCGUUGUGGGCCUUGAUGCUUUGGAUGGAGAGUCAAACACACCCGUACAACAACCUCACUACUUAAAAACAUGUCCAAAGCCAAAUCUUGAGCUAGGAAGUAUAGUCUAUCUCCUAGGGCACACUGAAAAGCAGGAAUUGACAGUCGGUGAAGGAAAGGUAGUAAUCGCCACCGAUAAUUUGAUAAAGUUGUCCACAGAUGGAGUAACAUGGAGCCCUGGUUCUGCUGGUUUCGAUGUUCAUGGCAAUCUUGCAUUCAUGGCCUGUGAUCCUAUGAAGCUCGCAACUUCUCCAAACACUAAAUCCUCUUCAACUUCAUCAUCUUCAACAUCAUCUUGGAAGAAAGACUUCCCCACACAGUUCGGUAUUCCUAUUCCUAUAAUCCGCCACUGGUUGAGCCAGCAUUGGGAGGGAAACCUGGACGAACUCAACAAGCCAAAACUACCCCUGAUAAGGCUGAUGUCGUCUUCUGCUCAGAAAAGCGAGCAUUCUUGCGCGUCUUUCACAAUGCGUCAGGUUUUCAAACCGACAUUAGGUGAAAACGAGGCAACACCAACGUCGUCGAACGUAGUGCCGAGUUCGACAGCUGUCAACAUCUUGGAAGAUGGCAUAUUGACAGCUGGCGGGGCCCCACAUGUGGCGGGAAUCCCGACCCCGGAAAUUUACGAGUCACCGAUGUUGACUUCGGUUCCGGUUAGGAAAAACGAAGCGGCUCAAAUUCAGCUUUUGGACAUCAAUUUUCCACCAAGGUUGAUUGCUAAAGCUGUGUCUUCACCUAGACAACAGCCAAGAGAAACUCCGCCCGGUUUUGAUCGUAAUUACGUGAAUGACCGAGGGCAAUUUGGUCAAAACCCGGAUGCAGAAUCGACGGGGUCUGUUAACGGAGCCGAGAGCGAAGUUCGAUCAAGUUCUUCACCUGUUGAGAUUUUGGAAAUGCCACAUGAAUACAGCAGCGAAGGUGAAACGACUAUGUACUCUGCUGAAACAGCUGAGUCUCGAAAUUACACGAGUCCCAGAGAGGGAAAUUUUCAUCAGGUUGGGAGAAGCCAAAGCUGUGUGAACUAUAACAACAGGUGGGGCCCGGUUCAGAGAACCCCGGUUGCCCGUGGUGCCAUGCUGGAAAAGCACCGAAGCUUUAUGCAAGGAAGGAAGGUGUAUUCACAGGGUGCGACUUCUCAGAGGAGUAAUGACUAUUAUAGCCCUACGGUUUCUUCGAUCAUGAAAAAGCGGAAUAAUUUGGAGCAGCAACAAAAUAGGCCGCGGCAAAGUGCUGUCCAUACAUCUCCAAGAUGGAACUUUUAACAAUGAAUCAUCGAUCGAAGUUACUUUUCUGAUACCCUACUCUAUACGUGCGAAGGUUGUAACUUGUAUGGCUCGUUUUUCUGCCUAUACGUGUAAAUUAAUCAAUUCUUAAGGCAUAAAUGAACAAUGUAAAACACUUUUUUUUUUUCGGUUAGCCAAGUAUCAAAUUGUUGUUUAUAAAGGUUUUACACCUUUUGCAUCA